ACCAUGUCUCUCAAGGAUCAGCUCAUCCACACUGUCCACAAACAGGAGAGCCAUGCCGAAAAUAAGAUCAGCGUGGUUGGCGUGGGUGCAGUGGGAAUGGCCUGUGCCAUCAGCAUCCUCAUGAAGGACUUGGCUGAUGAACUCGCCCUUGUUGAUGUUGUGGAGGACAAGCUCAGAGGAGAGAUGCUGGAUCUCCAGCAUGGCAGCCUCUUCCUUAAAACUCCAAAGAUUGUCUCUGGCAAAGAUUACAGUGUGACUGCACACUCCAAGCUGGUCAUUGUCACUGCUGGUGCCCGGCAGCAGGAAGGAGAGAGCCGCCUUAACUUGGUCCAGCGCAACGUGAAUAUCUUCAAAUUCAUCAUUCCCAACGUCGUUAAAUACAGCCCUGACUGCAAGCUGCUUAUUGUCUCAAACCCAGUGGAUAUUUUGACCUAUGUGGCCUGGAAGAUCAGUGGCUUCCCCAAAAACCGUGUCAUUGGGAGCGGCUGCAAUCUGGACUCUGCCCGUUUCCGGCACCUCAUGGGAGAAAGGCUGGGCAUCCACCCGCUGAGCUGCCACGGAUGGAUCGUGGGAGAGCACGGAGACUCCAGUGUGCCUGUCUGGAGCGGAGUGAACGUUGCUGGCGUCUCUCUGAAGGCUCUUCAUCCAGACUUGGGAAGUGACGCAGACAAGGAACACUGGAAGGAUGUCCAUAAGCAGGUCGUGGACAGUGCCUAUGAGGUGAUCAAACUGAAGGGGUACACGUCCUGGGCUAUUGGCCUUUCUGUGGGAGACCUGGCUGAAAGUAUUAUGAAGAAUUUGAGAAGAGUGCACCCCAUCUCUACCAUUGUUAAGGGCUUGCAUGGAAUAAAAGAAGACGUCUUCCUAAGUGUUCCUUGUGUACUGGGCAGUAAUGGCAUCACUGAUGUAGUAAAGAUGAUCCUAAAACCUGAGGAAGAGGACAAAUUAAGGAAGAGUGCAGACACACUGUGGGCAAUCCAGAAGGAACUACAGUUUUAAACCUGCCCAAGCAGUUUUCGGGUCUUAGCAGUUUAACGGGUUUAGUGGUUUGUCUUACGUUGCACUUUCCAAGUAAGUCAAAUCUUGCAAUGUAUUAUCUCAACUAGAACACACAAAAAGCUCAAAUCUGAACAAUGGAGUUUCCUGAAGAUAGCAUUAGGAAACUAAUCUAGGGUUUUCCCUGUUCACAGACACCCCUGUUCUUAGCCAGAGCUAGAUUACCUAGUCAGUCUUAUUCAGUGAAGUGGUAUGACAAAUCCAGCAUUCAAAGCAGCACUGCCUAAAAAAACCUUUGCCUUUUCCUCAUCUUGUUUCAUGUUGGUUCAAGGAAUAAGGAGUAAUUGCUACACAAUGUGAAACCAAAGACAUUUCUUGAAGUUAAAGGAUUGUCAAGCCAAUUGACCAACCUUCUCUGCCAGCUGAAUCGCUUAAAUAUUUCACUGUUGAUAGGUCCAAGUGUAUUUUCCUAACACUGCUUUGGAAUUUUUGUGGGUAUUUUUUUCUUAGAGAACCUUAUUUUUGUGUACUAUAUCAGUCUAGUUGUAAGUUCUGUCUCCAGAGCAUGUUUAAAAAAUGUUAAGGUUUCUAUGUGCAACAAGACAGUGACUGUCCAACUGUAGUACCAACUACAACACCAAAUAAACCACAAACUGUUA